GAAAGGAUAUUUUGUGGGCUGCAGUGAAGUGCGUUUUUGUCAAAAAUAUAAAACUAUUAAUUUAUCACGUUUAGGCUCUGUUGCACUGAGAAUAAUAUUGUGAUUUAAUGCAGGUAUCGAUAAAUUGGACUGGCCGAAAGAAGAAGUCAACAUUAAAAAUGGUUAACAGCAGUGAAGUUGUGUUGCUGCAGAUGGGCGAGGUGUGCUAUAAGAAUAACGUCGGAACGCUCUAUGUGACGACUGAGCGUUUGGGCUGGGUUGCGGACCACGACGACAACAAACAGAAGAUCUCGUCUGAGGGCAAAGUCACGCUGCAGAUUGCGCUGUACGAAUGGGCGCCCACAUUUCAUUUUGUAAAUAGUCAGGGUAGGGCUGCAAUGCUAGCUGAUCGCAACAAGGCUAAGAAUGUCAUAAUGCACCUGGUAGCCAAUUUCAAUCGCCAACUAGAGCAAGAAAACCGCCUACUAGUUGAGAAUCCUUAUCUGCUACAACUAUACAAAGAUCUAGUGGUCACCAAAUUGCUGACCAGCGAUGAGUUCUGGGCCGCGCCUUCCAAGAAUGUUGCACUGAAGAAAAUGGGAAUAACACAAGAAAUUGGUGUGUAUAAGAUCUUUUUGGCGGAUAUUAUGCCUGGAUUCAAUUCUAAUCAAAAAUCGGAUGUGAUGCAUUCCAUUUUUGAAAAAUAUCCCGAUGUUAAGAAUCAGCAUAUAGAAAAUGUAUAUUUGAGUAAUUUGCUAAUGUUUGGCUGAAUAAACUUUUCUUUUUGUUUUGUGUAUAA